CAACCAGAAGUCAGUCAAAGUGUUUCUGGGAAGAUGGAAGAGCCUUUCACAGGGAAAGAUGCCUACACUCAGCAUUUUGAUCCCAGAGACCACCUGGAAAAGUACUACAAAGUGAGCCUUGAGGAUGAUGGACUCGGUGAGGGACGCUUGUUGAUCUGAGAUGGUCAGGAGGAGCCAAGAGGCGGAUCUCAAAGUCAUGCUUUCAUCUUCACAAUUCUGCUGAUCGCAACCUGCACCACUUAGAUUUCUUCUUCAGGGUACAAGCAGCCAAGGAAUGAAAGUAGCUACAAAAGAUGGCAUCAAGGGAGACACCCUGAUCGACAUUGGCAGUGGCGCAUCCAUCCACCAAUUUCUCUCCGCCUGCGAGUCCUUCCGAGAGAUCAUAGCCACGGAUUGCGCUGACCAGAACCGGGAGGAGGUGCAGCGAUGGCUGAGGAAGGAGCCUGGGGCUUUUGACUGGACCCCCAUCGUGAAAUACGUCUGUGAGCUGGAAGGAGACAGGGAAAAAUGGCCAGAGAAGGAAGAGAAAGUCCGAAGAGCCCUGAAGCGGUACCUGAAAUGCGAUGUGACCCAACCCAACCCUUUGGCUCCACUAGUUCUUCCUCCUGCAGAUUGUCUGCUCUCCAGUUUGUGCUUCGAUGGGGCUUGCAAAGACAUCCCCACCUACCAAAUGGCCUUCAGGAACAUCAGUUCCCUUCUGAAACCAGGGGGGCACCUCCUGUUUUAUUCAACCCUUGAAUCACGCUAUUAUAUCGUUGGUCAACACAGGUUCACUAACAUUUACUUGGAAAAGGAGAUGGUAGAAGAGGCAGUGAGACAGGCUGGUUUUGUUAUUAAAUGGAUUGAAGAGACCAGGAUCAACUGCCCCCCGCCCAAAGCAGAUGGGAAGGGGCGGUGCAUCCUUCUUGCCCAGAAAUGCAGUAUGUGAACAUUAGGCAGUUAUUCUGUAACACCCAGACUUCUCCAACCGUUGUUAUGAUUUUGUUACACAAGUUAGGGAAAACACAUGGCACACGCCUCUUGGGAUCCUUCCUAUGCCUUUCCUAGAAGAAUAGAAUAGAGUAGAGUAGAGUAGAGUAGAGUAGAGUAGAGUUGAGUAGAGAAGAGUAGAGUUGAAUAGAAUAGAAUAGAAUAGAAUAGAAUAGAAUAGAAUAGAAUAGAAUAGAAUAGAAUAGAAUUCUUUAUUGGCCAAGUGUGAUUGGACACACAAGGAAUUUGUCUUGGUGCAUAGGCUCUCAGUGUACAUAAAAGAAAAGAUACCUUCAUCAAGAAUUCUAAGGUACAACACUUAAUGAUAGUCAUAGGGUACAAAUAAGCAAUCAGGAAACAAUAUCAGUAUAAAAUGUAAGGAUACAAGCAAUAAAGUUAUAGUCAUAAGUGGAAGGAGAUGGGUGAUGGGAACGAUGAGAAGAUUAAUAGUAGUGCAUAGGAAAUGGUGCAUAGGAAAUGGAUCUGUGUGCAAUAAAGUAACGCCUUGCCUCUGUG